AUGAUGGUGAACAGAGUGAUCCCAGCUAUGCAAAAUUGGCCCAAUUUUGCCAGUCUUUGGUAUUCUUCCAUAAUUUGGCGCCUCAUUUGUUCAUCCUGGCGAACUCGUUCCACCUCUUCUUCGAUUACGCGCUUCAAUCCCACUGUUUUAAGAACCCCCAAAUGGAGAAAUCUAGCGGAGUUAGAUCAGAUGAACGCGGGGGCCAAGCAAUUGGAGCUGGUUGCCGCGCAGAUCCCCGGCCCAUCCAACGACCUGGAAAAACCUGGUCAAGGAGUUGACGGACCGCUAUAG